AUGCCCACCAAAGAAGAGGUUCAAAAGAUUGUGCAACGGUGGCAUCAAUUACGUGACCAAUACGGAGACCAGGUUGUGAACGUUCCGGAGUUUGCUCAGUUGAAUAAGACUAUCAAUAACAUCAAAAUGCAACAACAACAAUUACAACAACACUUGCAACAACAACAGCACUUGCAACAACAACAGCACUUGCAACAACAACAGCACUUGCAACAACAACAACAACAACAACAACAACAACAACAAUCGCAGAGGAACAUACAACGGUCACAAAUGCCACAGCAAGGUCAACAGCUACAACAACAACAACCGACACGUCCACCGUCGCAACUUCAAUCUCAACAACCACCGCAGCAGCAACGGGCACAACAUCAUGGCUCACCAGCAAUGCUGAACCCUGUUCCUCCAACUCCCAAUCAACAGCUUCCCAGUGCACAAAAUGGAAGCAAUAUUGCAAGCCAGCUCACCAACCUGGCUGCCUCUCCAGUCGGUAAUGUCGCCCAAUCAGUUUCGGGGACCCCGUUUUCACAAGAGGAGACUUUGCUAGGCAAUUCGGCAAACAAUCAUCGUUACCUAGCACAAUUCGGAAAUAGGUCAUUACAGAACGGUACUAAUACUCAGCCAAAUUUCGAUAAUUCAGCAAACAGCAAUUGGCCGCUGAAUUCUUCAACACAACUGGCACCAGUUUCGGAGUCCGCCUUCACGCAUCAGCAAUUUCAAUUGUUGAAAUCUCAGAUGCAAGCUAUAAAGUAUUUGACCAAAUCACCUGGCCAAGGUCCAAUGCCUCAAAAUUUGAUCAGUUUUGUGACAAAUCCCGCGUCUUCCUACCCCACCGAUCCUUACUUGCCGGCACCAACAAGGAACGAUAAUGCGAUUAAUCCAAGUUUCCCACAAAGCACAGCAACUAUGCCAAAUAUACCAGCAAACUCCACCGAUACCAAACUUAAUGCUGAACUUGUGGAGAAGAAGAAGGGCAAGAGAGGUCCAAAACCAAGAAACAAAGAUCAACCCAAAAAGAUGACAAAGAAACAGAUUAGAGAGGAAGAACAAAGACUUGCAGCGGAGAAACGUAGAGAAGAUCUUGAACAACAAAUUAGAGUCAAGCAAGAACAAUCGCAUCUCAUGCUGCAAGACCAACCCAGUCUCGUACAACCCAAGCUAGAGCCCCAAUCGCAACUGCAGUCGCAAUCACAACUACAGCCACUGUCACAACUACAUAAUAGUUUCCAAUCCCCUACCCAACAAAGCGAUUUCAUCUUUGCCGAUCCUUCUCCUCCUGUGUUAUUGGACAAGGUUAUUGAUGAGGAAAACAAAGAUUCCAAAAUUAUUGUUCCAGUAACUAAACCAACGGUUGAGGUGGACACAUUCGAGAGAGUCGACAUUGUUGGUGAAAAAAUACUUGAUGUUCCGUUGAGCUUUCUCUAUACCCCACAGAGUCGAAUUCAGAUUCCCUCGUUGUUACCUGAAGGUAUAAGUUUGGAGCAAAUUGCGGCUAAUCGUGACUUAUUUAUGAUUCUCGGCAUUGAACGCGGGAAGGAUCUAAUACGGUCGGAGAUUCAAUCUUUAGAUAAAUCUGAUCCGAAAAGAAAAGAGCAAUUGAUGACUCAGUUGAACCAAUUAGAAAUUAUCCCAAUUCAGAAACAGAUCAGGGGUAAGUUGCUUAGCCAGGUAUGGUUCAGUAAGUCGUUGCUUCCGAAUUCGCAUCCAAAUUUUUUGGCUAGAUUCAAUACGUUAUCGAUGGAAAGUGUUGCUGUUACGAUUGAUCUUUAUCGCCACCAGUUGGAAACCUUAAUGAGAGAGCAGAAUCGGAAACAUUCUCAUGUUUUGGACCAGGUUCUUGAUUUCAGCACCAAAAAUUCUGCUAGAGCUUACAAAAAGUCGGAGAAGGUAAAUAAAUUUAUACACAAAGUUGGAAACUUUCACAAUCUGACUGCAAAGGAGGAACAAAAGAAGCUCGAAAAAAUGGCCAAACAGCGUUUACAAGCCUUGAAGCUGAAUGACGAGGAGGCUUAUUUGAAACUUUUGGACCACACAAAGGAUACCAGAAUCACCCACUUGUUGAAACAAACUAACCAAUUUUUGGACUCUUUGGCGCAAGCCGUUCAAACUCAGCAAAAAGAAGCAGAAGCCAACCUUGCAAGCUCAGGUCGCUUGCCAGAAGGAGCGUCUGAAAUGGUUGAUGAAGAUGAAAAAAGAGAAAAGACCGAUUAUUACAAUGUUGCCCACAGAAUCAAAGAGGAAGUUACAAAACAACCUUCCAUUUUAGUAGGUGGAACUUUGAAAGAAUACCAAUUAAAGGGUUUGCAAUGGAUGGUUUCCUUGUUCAAUAAUCAUUUGAACGGUAUUUUGGCAGAUGAGAUGGGUUUGGGUAAAACCAUCCAAACGAUUUCGUUGUUGACGUAUUUGAUUGAAGUAAAGAAAAUACCUGGCCCAUUUUUGGUAAUUGUUCCACUUUCAACUGUAACAAAUUGGAAUCUCGAAUUCGAGAAAUGGGCCCCAACUGUGAAGAAGAUUACUUACAAAGGUACUCCAAAUCAAAGAAAAUCUUUGCAACAUGAUAUCAAAACUGGCAAUUUCCAAAUUCUCCUCACAACUUUUGAGUACGUCAUCAAAGACAAAGGGCUUUUAGGAAGGGUAAAAUGGGUACAUAUGAUUAUUGACGAAGGUCACCGUAUGAAGAAUUCAAACUCGAAACUAUCAGAAACUUUGACCACAAAUUAUCACAGUGAUUACCGUUUAAUCUUGACGGGUACACCAUUGCAAAAUAAUUUGCCGGAAUUGUGGGCAUUGCUAAAUUUUGUCUUACCCAAGAUUUUCAACUCAGUCAAAUCGUUUGACGAAUGGUUCAACACUCCUUUCGCUAAUACCGGUGGUCAGGAUAAAAUUGAGUUGAGUGAAGAAGAAACUUUGUUGGUGAUCCGAAGAUUGCACAAGGUCCUUAGGCCAUUCUUGUUGAGAAGGUUAAAGAAGGAUGUUGAAAAGGAUUUGCCAAAUAAAGUCGAAAAGGUUGUCAAAUGCAAAAUGUCGUCCCUCCAGUCCAAGCUUUAUCAACAAAUGUUGCGGUUCAACGCUUUAUAUGCUGGAGAUCCAAAUGAUGAGACAGCAGUUGUUCCUAUAAAGAAUGCCAACAAUCAAAUCAUGCAAUUGAAAAAGAUUUGUAAUCACCCAUUCGUUUAUGAGGAUGUGGAAAACUUUAUUAACCCCACAGCGGAAAACAAUGAUCUCAUUUGGAGAGUAGCCGGUAAGUUUGAAUUGCUAGACAAGGUUUUACCAAAGUUCAAAGAAACCGGUCAUAAGGUGUUGAUUUUCUUCCAAAUGACCCAAGUCAUGGAUAUAAUGGAGGACUUUCUUAGACUUCGUGGAAUGAAGCAUAUGAGACUUGAUGGUGGCACCAAGGCUGAUGACCGGACGGAGCUUUUAAAGUUGUUCAAUGCUCCUGACUCCGACUACUUUUGCUUUCUCUUGUCGACUAGAGCCGGUGGGCUAGGAUUAAAUUUACAAACAGCAGAUACUGUAAUUAUAUUUGAUACAGAUUGGAAUCCACACCAGGAUUUACAAGCUCAAGAUAGGGCCCACCGUAUUGGACAGAAAAAUGAAGUCAGAAUCUUGCGAUUAAUUACGGAAAAUUCAGUUGAGGAGAUGAUUUUGGAACGUGCUCACGCCAAGUUGGAGAUUGAUGGUAAAGUUAUUCAAGCAGGUAAGUUUGAUAACAAAUCUACUGCAGAAGAGCAAGAGGCAAUGUUGAGGGCAUUGAUUGAAAAGGAAGACGAGCGUCGUACGAAAGGCAUAGACGAAGAAGAGGAGGAUUUAGAUGACGAUGAAUUGAAUGAAAUCAUCGCCAGAAACGAAUCAGAGCUUGUCAAAUUUAAAGAGCUUGAUGAAGAGAGGUAUGCCACCACCAGAGAUGCCAGCUAUCCUACCAGAUUACUAUCGGAGCAGGAGCUUCCUCCUAUAUACAGGAAAGAUCCAGAGGAAGUCCUUAAGAAGAAUGAUGUUUUCACUGAAGAAUAUGGCCGGGGGGCAAGAGAAAGAAAGACAACAAAAUAUGAUGAUAAUUUGACCGAAGAGCAAUGGUUGAAACAAAUCGACGGGGUUGUCUCGGACGAUGAUGAUGGUGAUGAUGAUGACGAAGAUGAUUUUGAUAGUGACAGUGAUGUUUUUCAAAGCGGAAGGAGUGCCAGAGGAAAAACUAAAGGAAAAGGACGUAAAAAAGGAUUUGGAAAAGGUCGAGGAGGUUUAAUUGAUACUUUGGACAGAGAUGACGACAGUACCAAUGAAUAUGACAGUUCGAGUAAGCGCUCUGCGGACGAAUCAGACAAUUUUGUUGCUCAAAAGAGACAAAAACUUGGCACGCCUGAAUCCGGUUCUGGUUCAGGCACAGGAAAUGGAAGAGGUCGUGGUAAAAUGAGAGGUAGGGGACGUGGGCGUGGAAGAGGUCGAGGAUCGUUGUUGUCUCGUUCAACGCCAUCGAUCGACCCCUUGACUCUAGACGAGAGAGCCAUGCUUCAAAAUAAUAUUGAAACUCUUUUGGGCUUGGUAAUCAACUACAAGAAUGAAGAAGGAAGAGCAUUGAGUGACUUGUUUUUAGUGAAGCCAUCAAGAAGAUAUUACCCCGAUUACUAUGUUUUGAUAAAGCACCCUAUUGCACUUGACACGAUAAGAAAAAGAGCCACUGGACAUACAUAUACCAAAUUGAGGGAGUUUUUGGAAGAUAUCCACUUGAUGUUCAGCAAUGCAAAAAUUUAUAACGAAGAAGGUUCUUUUGUUUACCAAGAUGCAGCCCUCUUGGAGAAGCUAUGCAUCGACAAGCUCAAGGAAUUGAUGCCAACUGCUCAACCAGAGGAGAUGCAUAAACUUUUGGAUUAUACGGAAUUUGACGAAAUGUUUCUAUAA